GAGACGGAGAAAGAGAGCGAGGAAGAAAGAGAGGCAGAAAGGGCGUGUUUCUGGCGCUGCCUUUCCCCUCCCCUUUCUCAGGUCCCUCGCUCCGGCUCGGCGCGCUCUCCGGCGGCAGCUCUCUCCCGGCGAAGCUGAGAAUUGGGUGGGAUUGUACCGGGCAGCCCCGCCGCCGCCGCGGGCAGAGCUGGGCUGAGAGAGGGCGGGGGUUCCCCGCCGGCAUCCGCGCCGGGCGCCCCUCGCCUUAUCGUGCUCCCCGCCUCACUCUCCCCGACGUCGGCCAGGAGGAGACAGCAGCAUCGGAACCUCCAGCCCGGGGCUCCACGGUCUGCGCUCUGCGCCUGCAGCCCCCCGACCCCGGCGGGGCGCCCCUCCCAUCCUCCUCUUCGCUUCGCGGGGGUACCCAGGCGGCUUCCGCCCUCCCCCUCGGCUGCGCGGCCCCGGCCGACCGGCCGCCCGCAGUUCAAGCCAUGGGCUCGGGGCUCCUGCCCGGGCUCUGCCUGCUAGUCCUACUGGUCCACGUCCGCGCCGCCCAGCACAGCAAAGUUGCGCAAGAUGUGGAUGAGUGUGUGGAGGGGACUGACAACUGCCACAUCGAUGCCAUCUGUCAAAACACCCCACGCUCAUACAAGUGCAUCUGCAAGUCCGGCUACACGGGGGAUGGCAAACACUGCAAAGAUGUGGAUGAGUGUGAGCGAGAGGACAAUGCAGGCUGUGUGCAUGACUGUGUCAACAUCCCUGGUAAUUACCGAUGCACCUGCUAUGAUGGAUUCCACCUGGCACACGACGGACACAACUGUUUGGACGUGGACGAGUGUGCUGAGGGGAAUGGCGGCUGCCAGCAGAGCUGCGUCAACAUGAUGGGCAGCUAUGAGUGCCACUGCCGGGAAGGCUUCUUCCUCAGCGACAACCAGCAUACCUGCAUCCAGCGGCCAGAAGAAGGAAUGAACUGCAUGAACAAGAAUCAUGGCUGUGCCCACAUCUGCCGCGAAACCCCCAAGGGGGGUAUUGCCUGUGAAUGCCGUCCAGGCUUCGAGCUCACCAAGAAUCAACGGGAUUGCAAAUUGACGUGCAACUAUGGCAACGGUGGCUGCCAGCACACAUGCGAUGACACAGAGCAGGGUCCCCGGUGUGGCUGCCACGUCAAGUUUGUGCUCCAUACGGACGGGAAGACGUGCAUUGAGACCUGUGCUGUCAACAACGGGGGCUGCGACAGUAAGUGCCACGAUGCGGCGACCGGGGUCCACUGCAGCUGCCCGGUGGGCUUCAUGCUACAGCCAGACAGGAAAACUUGCAAAGACAUUGAUGAGUGCCGCCUAAACAAUGGAGGCUGUGACCACAUUUGCCGCAACACGGUGGGCAGCUUUGAAUGCAGCUGCAAGAAGGGGUAUAAGCUCCUCAUCAAUGAGAGAAACUGCCAGGAUAUAGACGAGUGUUCCUUCGAUCGGACCUGCGACCACAUCUGUGUCAACACGCCGGGAAGCUUCCAGUGUCUCUGCCAUCGUGGCUACCUGCUGUAUGGGGUCACUCACUGUGGGGACGUGGAUGAAUGCAGCAUCAACCGAGGAGGUUGCCGCUUUGGCUGUAUCAACACACCUGGCAGCUACCAGUGUACCUGCCCUGCAGGCCACGGCCGACUGCACUGGAACGGCAAGGACUGCACAGAGCCAGUGAAGUGUCAGGGCAAUCCCGGGGCAUCAAAAGCCAUGCUCAGCUGCAACCGCUCUGGCAAGAAGGACACCUGUGCCCUGACCUGCCCCUCCCGGGCCCGGUUUUUGCCAGAGUCUGAGAACGGCUUCACCGUAAGCUGCGGCACUCCCAGCCCCAGGGCUGCUCCGGCACGAGCUGGCCACACCGGGAACAGCACCAGCUCCAACCACUGUCAUGAGACUGCAGUGCUGUCAGUUAAACAGCGUGCCUCCUUCAAGAUCAAGGACGCCAAAUGCCGCCUGCACCUGCGCAACAAGGGCAAGACGGAGGAGGCUGGCAAAAUGCCAGGGCCAGGUGGUGCCCCCUGCUCCGACUGCCAAGUUACCUUCAUCCACCUCAAGUGUGACUCCUCCUCUCGGAAGGGCAAGGGUCGCCGAGCCCGGACCCCUCCGGGCAAGGAGGUCACCCGGCUCACCCUGGAACUAGAGGCAGAGAUCAGAGCUGAAGAAACCACAGCUGCCUGUGGGCUGCCCUGCCUCCGGCAGCGGAUGGAACGGCGACUGAAAGGGUCUUUGAAGAUGCUCAGAAAGUCCAUCAACCAGGACCGCUUCCUGCUGCGCCUGGCGGGCCUCGAUUAUGAACUGGCCCACAAGCCGGGCCCAGCACCUGGGGAACGAGCAGAGCCCGUGGAGGCCUGCAGGCCUGGGCAGCACCGUUCUGGGACCAAGUGUGUCAGCUGCCCGCAGGGAACCUAUUACCACGGCCAGACGGAGCAGUGUGUGCCAUGCCCAGCGGGCACCUUCCAGGAGAGAGAAGGGCAGCUCUCCUGCGACCUUUGCCCUGGAAGUGAUGCCCAAGGGCCUCUCGGAGCCACCAACGUCACCACAUGUGCAGGUCAGUGUCCACCUGGCCAACACUCUACAGAUGGGUUUAAGCCCUGCCAGCCAUGCCCACGUGGCACCUACCAGCCCGAAGCGGGACGGACCCUGUGUUUCCCGUGUGGCGGGGGACUCACCACCAAGCAUGAGGGGGCCAUGUCCUUCCAGGACUGUGAUACGAAAGUCCAGUGCUCCCCGGGGCACUACUACAACACCAGCAUCCACCGCUGCAUCCGCUGCGCCAUGGGCUCCUAUCAGCCUGACUUCCGUCAGAACUUCUGCACCCGCUGCCCGGGAAACACGAGCACUGACUUUGAUGGCUCUACCAGUGUGACUCAGUGCAAAAAUCGUCAGUGUGGUGGGGAGCUAGGUGAGUUCACCGGCUAUAUCGAGUCCCCAAACUACCCGGGCAACUACCCAGCCGGCGUGGAGUGCAUCUGGAACAUCAACCCCCCACCCAAGCGCAAGAUCCUUAUCGUGGUACCUGAGAUCUUCCUGCCAUCCGAGGACGAGUGUGGGGACGUCCUCGUCAUGAGAAAGAACUCUUCCCCAUCCUCCAUUACCACUUAUGAGACGUGCCAGACCUAUGAGCGCCCCAUCGCCUUCACGGCCCGCUCCAGGAAGCUCUGGAUCAACUUUAAGACAAGCGAGGCCAACAGCGCUCGUGGCUUCCAGAUCCCCUAUGUGACCUAUGAUGAGGACUAUGAGCAGCUGGUAGAAGACAUUGUGCGAGAUGGCCGGCUCUAUGCUUCUGAAAACCACCAGGAGAUUUUAAAGGACAAGAAGCUCAUCAAGGCCUUCUUUGAGGUGCUGGCCCACCCCCAGAACUACUUCAAGUAUACAGAGAAACACAAGGAGAUGCUGCCAAAAUCCUUCAUCAAGCUGCUCCGCUCCAAAGUCUCCAGCUUCCUCAGGCCUUACAAAUAGUGCCCCUAAAUCCAGAGACCCAGGUUUUGAAGCCCCCAGACUCCUCAGCCCUCAAGAGCUGGAAGCUCCCACUCCACACACGGAAUCCUGUCCUCUCUUCUCUUUGGAGGAAAACACACACACACAC